UUUUAUUCGAAGGUUCUCAAGGCGAAUCAGUUGCCCAACAGACUCCAAAUUCGAAGACACCUGACUGCACACCCCCCAGCCAAUGGCAUUGAUGUUUCGGGAGAAUCAACAUUGUUCUUUUGUUCAUUGGUUUUCGAGCGCACAGACGGUUCCUGGCUUCGCACGUCGCGGGUGGUCGCAGGUACUUGGCGCGCUGGAGCCAAGUCGCGUCCACGCGUGUCAAUACGCGCUUUCGUUAUCAGUAAAGUGCCACGCCCCAUCCCGCCUCACAGUUUGGUCCUUCUCCAACUUGACCACGCCUUCUGUUUGAGUCUAUUAUCUGCUGCUCUGCACUUGCCUUUUGUCUGCCCAAUUGUCAGAGCUUCCAUUUGAAACUACCACCUACUCUCGUCGUUACUGCCAACCGAGUUUUAAUCCUGCACAAUGCCUACCGCCGUCUCGCGUCAGGUACGGGCGAGCCGCGGCAAGAGCAACUUACUCUCGAAGCAGAGCUCCACGAAUAUAACCAACUUUGCCCGUGUUUCGAAACUUCAGACCUUUGGCAAGGAAGCCGCAAAGCAGGCGUCACUCCUUGGAGCAGGAGGCUUUACCUCAUCCAUCGAAGUAGUCCUCAGCUCAAGGAAGAGGAAGGCAGAUAGCGACCUCGACUCCCCACAAACAACCCAAAGAAUAGACCUUCCGCCUUCAUCAACAAGAUCAUCAAAGCGUCCGUGUCGGGAGGUCUCAGACAUACAAUCGAUACCGAGUUUAUUCGUCGCUUCCAAGAAGAGAAAGGCCAUCAGCUCGGACGACGACAAGGAGAACGUGAGCGAGGUAAUCUCGGCUGAUCUUUCAUUGCUCGACUCCCUAAGCACGAAGCAACUCCACCAGAAGCGUCCUCGAGGGUCGGAUUCCGGGGCGUCAGCUGCAGCCCAGGCUGAGGCGCUUCUUGAACGCCUGAAUUUGCAGUCAUCUCCACGCAAGCGAUCGCGGGUCCUCGACUCAAAAAUCCGAGAGCGGCUGCCUGACGAAAUCCUUCACCUGAUUAGUCUUCAAGCCUCAUUCUUGAAGGCUCUCAGCCUUCACCACGCACACAAUGGCGCCCACGUCCCCGUCGAUUUGCGGGCCAUCUGCCCCAACGUUGCCCAGUCGUGGGGGCGACGGAAGGUUGUCCUGGAAGAUAUCAGCCGCUGCGUCGGUGUCGUAGCCUGGGAGCGCCCGGACAAGAGCGACACUACGUCUUUCCGGAACCCACUCCUCCUAUCGGACUACGGACAAGGGAAGAUAUGCAUUGAGCUGGACCCGGGUGCAGAAGCAGGUCCCCUGAAGGAGGAAAAAAUCAAUGCCAGAUUUGAGGAGAAUCUCCGGCUGCUCUGGUCUGCUCGCAAGGAGUCGGACGUCAAGUCAUUUAUUGCCAACUUGCCGAAGGCCAUCCCGCGUGCUUCCGCCACGAAGAAACUACCAUUGCUCUCCAAGGGCCAGAAAACAUUAGACGAGUUCAAGAAGGAUAUUGUCAAGAAACAGCAGGAGAAGGAGGAAGCUAAGGCACGAACGGAACCAGCUCUCAAUUCGGACGGGUCGAAGAUGAGCCUUAUCGACCGAAUCCGAUUCAAGGAGCUCCAGCUUUCACAGGCUGCCCAGCCUCCCUCCGCGGCCGAACUACAGCGGCGAGCGGCACUCCAGAGGGCGGACGAUGUCGCGGGAGUCAUCGGCAUGCUCAGCAUGGCGACGGCGGGGGGCCGGGCGCGCAUCUCCUUCACCAUGGCCGCGGUCCUAAUCAAGCUGAAGGACUCUCUCCGGAUCCCUAUCUCGCACGAGGAAGGCGCCUGUUGUGUCAGGCUUCUCGCCACCGAAGUUGCCCCCCAAUGGUUGAGAGUGGUGACGAUCGGUGGGAAGGAGAAUGUGGUGAUCCAGAUGGCUUCUCAGCCUAGCAAGGCAGCGAUUCAGGACAGGGUCAAUGUUCUUUCUACAUAGGGGCGGCAUGCUUUUCUUCCGUACAUGGGAUUUGUUGUGUCUUGGUGUUGGAUGGCAACCAGAUUCAAGUCGGUCACCGUAGGGCUGCCACAACUGCACAAUGGGAAAUAGGAGUAGUAGUUUGGGAAGGGAAAGAAAUGUCUAGUUGUUUUUUUUUUGCCCGUCACACA